AUGGGUGAAGCUCAGGACUAUUACAAUGGCGGCGCGCCUCCCGCCCCACCGCAGCAGCCUCAGGGCGCAUAUCAGGGACAGGCAUACGGACAACAACCUCCCCAAUACGGCCAGAACUAUGCGCCCCCGCUGCCAAUGCAGCAGCAACAUGGCUACCAGCAGAAUGAUUAUGGCGAGCACAAACAAAGCUUCGAACAGACAUUCAAGCUCGACAAGCCCAAGUACAAUGAUUGCGGAGGCAUAUACGGCGGCAACACGAAUCAGUUUGCCCUCAAUUCGAACACCAUCAUCCUAUUCGCUUUCGUGCUUGGAAUGGCCAUUGUCUUCAGCUACGCCUACAUGUGGGUUGCGCGAAAGUUCACCAAACAAUUCAUCUGGAUUACCGGCAUCCUCAACAUCGUCUUUGGCUUCGUAACGGCGAUUUAUAUGCUUUCAAGGAAAUACUGGUCUGGAGGCAUUGUUUUCCUGAUAUUCAGCAUAUUCUACGUUAUCUGCUUCAUUAGCUGGAUUCCCAGGAUUCCCUUCAGCGUCCUCAUGCUGCAGACUGCCAUUGACGUAUCGAAGAAGUACGGACAUACCUAUGUUGUGUCGUUGAUCGGUGGACUCCUCGCUGCGGCACUCGGCGCGUGGUACUCUGUUACUCUGGUCUCCAUUUACGUGCAGUAUACGCCAAACGGGGCCAACUCCAACUGUAGAAAUGGAGUCGGCGAUUGUGGUAACGGCAAGGUCAUUGGACUACUUGUUUUCGUAACAUUUGCCAUGUACUGGAUCUCAGAGUGGCUCAAAAACACCAUUCACACGACCAUUUCCGGGGUGUACGGCUCGUGGUACUUCAACCCGAAUGCCAUGCCCAAGGGCGCAACUCGCGGUGCCUUCAAGCGCUCUGUGACAUACAGCUUUGGCAGCAUCAGUCUCGGAAGCUUGCUUGUCGCCAUCAUUCAGUUCCUGCGUCAAAUUUGCUCCGCUGCUCAGCGUAAUGCGGCUGGCGACGGCAACUUGAUCGGUUCAAUCCUGUUCUGCGUAUUGGGAUGCUUCAUCGGCAUCUUGGAGUGGGCUGUCGAGUUCAUCAACAGAUAUGCCUUCAGCUACAUUGCGCUCUACGGAAAGAGCUACGUUGCUGCCGCCAAGGAUACGUGGAAGAUGAUGAAGGAUCGCGGUAUCGAUGCGCUAGUUAACGAGUGUUUGAUCGGCCCAGUUCUUUCUAUGGGGGCUACGUUCAUCGCCUAUGCCUGCGCAUUGCUGGCCUACCUUUACCUCAUCUUUACCUCACCGGCAUACAAUACAAAUGGCGGCUACACACCCGUCGUUGUGGCCUUUGCUUUCUUGAUUGGCCUGCAAAUCUGCAACAUCUUCACUACUCCUCUGGCGAGUGGUAUUGAUACCAUCUUCGUUGCCAUGGCAUGGGAUCCUGAGGUUCUCAUGCGGGAGCACCCUGAUCUUUACCACCGAAUGGUUGCCGUGUACCCACAGACACCAGAAAGUGCCAUCGGAGGCUGA